CAAGGAAGAGUUUAGAGAUUUUGAGCGACGUCGUAUGCAGAUCAUCCCUGAUGCCCAAAUUCCCAGUCUGCAACUGAGAUACUCGAUGAGAUUUGAUAAAAAUUAGAAUUAAACAUAGAGUAGCAGAGAGCAGGGGAAACAUCGGCCAUGGUUGAUGUCAUCAAAUGUUGUCUGGAUUCAAUUCGACAAAUAUCAGAUGAUAUUAAGGAUGCCAUUGUAUAUUUGGAUGCUGGAUGUGCUGAGAGUUUUCAGUUUCUUGGAGCUUUUCCUUUAUUAUUAGAACUCGGUGCUCGUGCUGUUUGCAGCUUGGAGAAGACGUCUGCUCUUGAUGAGGUGGUUAGCUGGCAAUCAAAUCCUGAACCGGCACAGAAAGUGGUGGUCAUCACCUCUCGCCUACUUAGUGAUGCACAUCGAUAUGUUUUACGUUGCCUGAGCACUAUUCAAAGAAUCCACCGCUGUAUAAUCUUUACACCAAUAUCAGAGGUAGGCCACUCAGCAUAUCCUGAUUCACCUCUGGGACCUGAUGCAUUCCGUGAAUAUGAAUCUUUACUAGUUCAAGAUUAUGAGGAACUCACAAAAGGAGGUCAGAUGAACUCUAGAGAGUCUGAUGAUAGCAAUCCGAGGGAGAGUUUAAUUCCUGAAGGUGAAGGAUGGUCGCAACUGGCUUUUGAUGGAGACGACAUUUCCAACUCUGGCCCCUAUUCAACUGCAAAAGUUGUAUAUAAAGAUGGUUUUCCUGUGCCUGCAGCAGAUGGAGGCCAAAUGCUAGUUGUUAAUGUUCAUCACUUCCCAUUAAUAUUAUGUCCUUUUUCACCUAGAGUUUUUGUUUUACCUUCUGAAGGAUCAGUUGCGGAAGGAAACUUGUCAGUUGAACAUGAGAACUCAAUAAGCCCUGGGUUGCCUUCAAUAAGUACUGGAACACCUGAUGAUGGUGAGGAUGUGCCUGCUGGGGCAACUCUUACAGCUCAGUUUCUUUAUUAUCUGGCUACAAAGAUGGAUCUGAAACUCGAAAUAUUUUCCCUUGGUGAUCUCUCAAAAACUGUUGGGAGGCUUUUGAUGGACAUGUCAAGUCUUUAUGAUGUUGGUCGUCGUAAAAGAUCUGCAGGGCUGCUUCUUAUUGAUCGGACACUUGAUCUUCUUACUCCAUGCUGUCAUGGAGAUUCACUGGUGGAUAGGAUAUUUUCAUGUUUGCCUCGAAGGGAACCAACAACUUCAUUAACUCACGUGAAAGGAUCUCAAAGUCAACUCAAGCAUGGUGUUGUACGUCCUCCUCUUGAUGUUCAGAUACCACUUGAUAAAAUACUUGAGGAAGAAACUUUAGGAGAUAAUUUUCAGCUUCUAGAAAGCAUUGAGGCAUUUUUACAUGGGUGGGAUUCUAGCAAUGCUGCUGCUCAAAUUGUUGAUUUGACAAAUCUGAGUAAGAAACUAAAUGGAGAAAAGCCGCUGCAAAAUUCCAAGUUUGAGCAAAUAAGGGGUUCCUUUGUCUCUACUGAUAAUUUUCAUGGAACUAAGUACCUGGAAGCUGUACUGGACAGAAGAACAAAAGAUGGGGCUGUGCUAAUUAAGAAAUGGCUUCAAGAAAGUUUGCGGCAGGAAAAUAUAACUCUGAACAUGAAAAUUCGUCAACGUUCCAUUUCCAACACAGAGCUUCAACCAAUGAUUAAGGCAAUAGCAAAAAGUCAAUCAUCGCUAGUGAGAAACAAAGGGAUCAUUCAGUUAGCAGCAGCAACAUUAACUGCUUUAGAUGAAUUACAUUCUACCAGAUGGGAUGGAUUUAGCAGUGCUGAGAAGAUAUUGAACGUAAAUGCAGGAGAUACGAGCCAGAGCCUUGCCUCUCAGAUUAGUGAUCUCAUUAACAAGAGUGCUUUAGUGGGUUUGCAGGAGCAUAAGAGUCAUUCUUCACAGGGUCUGCUUAGCCUUCAAGAUGCUCUACUUCUUACAGUUAUUGGGUAUAUACUGGCAGGUGAGAACUUUCCAACAUCUGGAUCUGGUGGUCCAUUUUCUUGGCAAGAGGAACAUUUUAUGCAAGAAGCUAUUUUGGAUGCAAUACUUGAGAACCCAGCAGUAGCAAGACUGAAAUUUCUCCAAGGUUUGGCAGAAGAGCUAAAAGCCAACUUCAGCCGGAGAAAUCCAGAUGAAAAGAAGGAAGAGUCUCCGAGUCAAUUGGAAACAGUUGAUUUUGAUGAUGAUCAGUGGGAGAGUUGGGGUGACGAAAAUGAGGAUACGGAUAAAACAAAAGACCAAGCUUAUGGAGACAUGCAACUCAAGUUAGAAUUACGAGAUAGGGUGGAUAAUCUUUUCAAAUUCCUUCACAAAUUAUCCAGCUUGAGGAGAAUUAUGCCUUUGGAAACAAAGUUGAACGAUGAUCCUUAUUCAAAUAAAGGAUUGCUGUACAAAGUUCUGACAAGGGUGUUGGCUAAGUAUGAUUUCCCUGGCCUAGAGUACCAUUCCUCCACUGUUGGACGGCUUUUCAAGAGUGGAUUUGGAAGAUUUGGUCUUGGACAGGCGAAACCAAGUCUUGUUGACCAAGAUAUUAUUCUUGUUUUUGUCAUAGGAGGCAUCAAUACUGUAGAGGUACGGGAAGCUCAUGAGGCAUUAUCAGAAAGUAGUAGGCCUGAUAAAGAACUGAUUCUUGGUGGAACAACCCUUCUCACUCCUGAUGACAUGUUUGAGUUACUUUUGGGAGAAUCUAGUUUCAUAUGAGCCUACCUUGUGACACCUUCCGCUGAGGAAGUUGAAAGAAACCAACCAGAGAUCAGAAGUAUCCAAGUUGUAUGAGUGUUUUUCCUAACCUCCAUUAGAGGCAAAGCUGAGAAAGAGUGGCUACAAAUACUUCUUUCUCAUGGUGACAUGUUUGAGUUACUCUUGGGAGAAUCCAGUUUCAUAUGAGGCUGCCUUGUGACACCUUCUACUCAGGAAGUUGAAGAAACCAACCGCAGAUCAGAAGUAUUCAAGUUGUAAAGUGUUUUCUUUUUCAUUCUUCCUAACCUUCAUCAUAGAGAAGGGUAUGACAGAACAGCUAUAGAUUUGGUUUGGAGUUCACUCAUGCACAUCAUCAUUCUCUCUGCGUAGUUGCUCGCACCAGGAGAAACUGUGACCAACUGUUUUACAUUGCCUGAAUUUUUCAGCAUUUUUUGUGAUGAACAGUUAAACACGAGCUCGGAAAGGCAUUCUUCAACUCAUACCAAGCCAGUCUUCUUGCUGCGAAGGCCAAUUCCAGAUUUCCAGCUCCCUACCUCAGAGCAGCUACCCAAAUUACUGUAGGAUUUGGUGUCAUCACAGUUUCUGUUGCAACAUUACAACAGUUUCUCUAUCUAAUUUGCUCGCAUUGGCUUUCGUAGCUUUAGUCUUGAAGGGAAACCUUAAAAUUUUAUUUUACUUAUUGGGGUGUCCGUCAAGAACUUGAUGUCAGGGCACUAUACUGAUAUAUGGUUACACAAAAUUUCAAUUUUGUUAGCUCUA